AUGCCCGAUUCCUUUCUCAAAGGCCAUUUACCCAGUUGGCUAACGUAUGCCAUGACAGUUACUGGCUUGACCGGUCUUACUGGCGUCAUCCUUUUGUACAUGUACCAGUGCAAACUCAUUUACCCUGCUUCAUACCCUGAAGGGUCACGUCAAGAAGUAGCUGUGCCCUCUGAUUUUGGUAUGCAAUAUACCGAAGAAAACCUCAAAACCAAAGACGGCAUCAACCUAAAGAGUUACAUUAUCUUACGGUCAAAUACAGAACAAGCAAAGAGAUCGCCCACUAUUCUUUAUUUCCACGCAAACGCAGGAAACAUGGGUCACCGUCUGCCUAUUGCCAAAGUAUUAUACGAUAGAUUUAACUGCAACGUCGUCAUGUUGUCUUACCGAGGAUAUGGCAAAAGUGAUGGUAGUCCAAACGAGAAAGGUCUCAAGAUUGACGCUCAAACCAUGCUCGAUUAUGUAAGAGAACACCCUAUUUUACAAAACACACCUCUGGUGGCAUACGGACAAUCCAUUGGUGGUGCAGUGGCCAUUGAUCUAGUAUCUCGCAACGAAGAUUCAUUCUCUGGACUCAUGGUGGAAAACACAUUUUUAAGUCUACCCAAGUUGAUCCCCAGCGUGAUGCCAUUCCUCAAGCACUUUACAUUUCUCUGUCAUCAGCAAUGGCCUAGCGAAAAGAGCAUUCAGCGUAUUGUCAAGACACCUAUUUUAUUCCUGGCUGGAGCAAAAGACGAGUUGGUGCCACCCUCUCAUAUGGUAAAAUUGAAUGAAUUAAGCGAAUCACGUGCUGAAAAAACUUGGUGUGUGUUCCCCAAUGGUAUGCACAACGAUACUUGCAUGCAGCCUGGAUAUUUUACUGCCAUUCGUGAAUUCUUGGAAUCUCAGAUCUUAAAGCAGAGCCCCGAAGAUCAACCUCAACAGCCUGAAAUUAAGACCACACCAUCAGCAGCACCGUCAGCAAUGAAUCAAGAAAAGAAAAAGACGACAUUGGAUGAAAGCUACAUUGAUGGUCAGCUCGUUAAUGAAAACAAUGACAAAUCAUAUCAAUUGGUGAGUGGUGUUGUAGAUGAUAAAGGUUUAUCACAUAGCUUUCAAGUUGAGGAGGUGGAACUUGAAGAAGAUUAG